AUGUCACGGGGCUACCGCGAGGCCUGCAACUACAGCAAAUACGCCCAGUUCGACUUCCAUGACCAAAGCCCCAAAACCCAAGCCCUGAGGGAACAAAAGGCUUUGCAGAAGAAGGCUUUGGAAACCGAACGGGUCAAGGCUGGCGGAAGAGCGGCUGUGCCGGCUGGGGAUGAAGGGAACAAGAGAGAUGGAAGGACUCUGGGUCUGAAGGCUUCCAUUUCAAUCACCAAUCACGGCGAGUACGACUUGAGGGACUGGGCGCAUGAGAGGGAGAGCAGAUUCAUAUGA